GCCGAAGCGCGGCCGCAGCCAUUUUGGUGGAAGAGAAACAAUAGGACGGAAGCGUCGCGGGACUGGGCUGUGGCCGCAGAGUGUCCUGGCCUGCACAAACCGAGGAGCAGAGAUCAAACAGGCGGCUGUAAGGACAGACAGUAAACGGAGGGCGAGCCGGCCUCUGGACCCUGCUGCCUCCCCUUUCUCCCAGCUGCUCGUGUCCAGAGGAUGAGCCCAGCUUUCAGGACCAUGGACGUGGAGCCCCGCACCAAGGGCAUCCUGCUGGAGCCAUUUGUCCACCAGGUUGGAGGGCACUCAUGCGUUCUCCGAUUCAAUGAGACAACCCUGUGCAAGCCCCUGGUUCCGAGGGAGCAUCAGUUCUACGAGACCCUCCCGGCUGAGAUGCGCAAAUUCACUCCCCAGUACAAAGCUGUCUUGAUAUUUGUUAGGUGUGCAGAUGAGUUUGGGGCCUCUGGCAACAUAGAGACUAAGGAACAGGGUGUGGUAUCAGUACGCUUUGAAGAAGAUGAAGACAGGAACUUGUGUUUAAUAGCAUAUCCAUUAAAAGGGGACCAUGGGACGGUGGAUAUUGUAGACAAUUCGGACUGUGAACCAAAAAGUAAGCUGCUGAGAUGGACAAACAAAAAGCAUCAUGGCCUAGAAACAGAAAAGAAUCCCAAGGACUGGGUGCGCCAGCACCGGAAAGAGGAGAAGAUGAAGAGCCAUAAGUUAGAAGAAGAAUUUGAAUGGCUAAAGAAAUCUGAAGUCUUAUACUACAGUGUAGAAAAAAAGGGAAAUGUAAGUUCCCAGCUUAAACACUAUAACCCUUGGAGCAUGAAGUGUCAUCAACAACAGUUACAGAGAAUGAAGGAGAACGCCAAGCAUCGAAACCAGUACAAAUUCAUCUUACUGGAGAAUCUGACUUCCCGCUAUGAGGUGCCUUGUGUCCUGGACCUCAAGAUGGGCACACGCCAGCAUGGCGAUGAUGCUUCGGAGGAAAAAGCAGCUAACCAGAUCCGAAAAUGUCAGCAGAGCACGUCUGCGGUCAUCGGUGUUCGAGUGUGCGGCAUGCAGGUGUACCAGGCGGGCACCGGGCAGCUCAUGUUCAUGAACAAGUACCAUGGGCGGAAGCUUUCGGUGCAGGGCUUCAAGGAGGCGCUUUUCCAGUUCUUUCACAAUGGGCGGUACCUGCGCCGUGAGCUCCUGGGCCCUGUGCUCAAGAAGCUAACUGAGCUCAAGGCCAUAUUGGAACGACAGGAAUCCUACCGCUUCUAUUCAAGUUCCCUACUGGUCAUUUAUGAUGGCAAGGAGUGGCCAGAAGUGACCCUGGACUCAGAUGCUGAGGACUUGGAGGACCUCUCCGAAGAGUCGGCUGAUGAGUCUGCUGGUGCCUAUGCCUACAAGCCCAUCGGUGCCAGCUCAGUGGACGUGCGCAUGAUUGACUUUGCACACACCACCUGCAGGCUGUAUGGCGAGGACAGUGUGGUGCAUGAGGGCCAGGAUGCUGGCUAUAUCUUUGGGCUGCAGAGCCUGAUAGACAUUGUCACAGAGAUAAGCGAGGAGAGUGGGGAGUGAGCUUGCUGGCUGUUCCAGUGUCUGAGAGACUCUUUGUGUCCCCCUACAGCUGUGCUGUCGGGAAGCAGGCCAGUAUGGCUAGGUGUUGGCCUCUGCAGCCUGGAGCUGAUAGACAGUGGCCCCUGUGACCCCCACCCCCACCCCAGCCUGAGCCGGCCCCAGCUGUGCUCAGAGCCUUUUAUUUAUUUUAACUAUUUCUUCAACAUUCCACAUUUGAGGAUGCAGAUGCCUCUUUCUUCCCUGAGUGUAAAUGUUCCAAUACAGAUCUUUUUGUUUAUUGUA